UGCUUACAUAGCAGUAUAGCACCAAAACAAAACCAUAUGCAUACACAUAUAUAUAGAAUUAUAGAUUAUAGAUUAUAGACAGACACAUAGAGAAAGAAAAUAAAAAAUAAAAACAGACUAGUAUAUCAAAAACAAUCAAUGGCAACAAAAUUUUAUAUUUUCUUCCUAUGGUUCCCCUGUCUUUCCCUCCUCAUUCUCUCCGUUUACAUAAUCACCAAACACCCUUUUACCCCUUCUUCCCCAAAUACCCUCAAUGUUAUUAAAUCUGGUGACAAAAUAUGGCCUGAAUUGGAGUUUAAUUGGAGACUAAUAGUGGCAACAAUAAUAGGAUUCUUGGGUUCUGCAUUUGGUACAGUUGGCGGUGUUGGUGGCGGUGGCAUUUUUGUUCCUAUGCUUACUUUAAUUGUUGGGUUCGAUACUAAAUCUGCUGCUGCUCUUUCUAAGUGUAUGAUAAUGGGGGCAUCAACAUCAUCAGUUUGGUACAAUUUAAGAGUACCACAUCCAUGCAGAGAAGUGCCAAUUCUUGAUUAUGAUUUAGCAUUACUAUUUCAGCCUAUGCUUAUGCUUGGAAUCACACUUGGUGUUGCUCUCAGUGUUGUUUUCCCUUAUUGGCUUAUCACUAUUCUCAUCAUUCUUCUGUUUUCAGGAACAUCUGCAAGGUCUUUCCUUAAGGCUACUGAAAUGUGGAAGGAAGAGACAAUAAUGAUGAAAGAAAUGGAAAGGCCACGAGAGUUCGUCAAUUCCCGUGGAGAAUUGAUGAUUGACACAUUCGAGCCUCUUAUUCCUAAAGAGGAGAAAACGCCAAUGCAAAUCUUUCUUUUCAAUUUACGUUGGAAGAUGCUCACACCUCUAAUAGUUGUGUGGAUUGCUUUUCUAGCUCUUCAGAUCAUUAAGAAUAGAUUAUUGGUAUGCAGCUCAUCAUAUUGGCUAGUUACAAUAAUACAGUUUCCAGUAGCACUAGCUGUUUUUGGGUAUGAAUGUGUUAAGUUGUACAAGGAAAGCAAGAGGAGGAAAAGCAUGGGGAACCCUGAAUCCGUGUGUGAGGCUGCAAUUGACUGGACCACACCUCACCUGAUGCUCUGUGCCUUUUGCGGGAUAUUGGGAGGCACCGUGGGUGGCCUUUUGGGGUCUGGUGGGGGGUUCAUUCUUGGCCCCCUCUUACUUGAGAUUGGUGUCAUGCCACAGGUUGCAAGUGCAACAGCAACGUUUGUGAUGAUGUUCUCAUCCUCAUUAUCUGUGGUCGAGUUUUACCUUCUCAAGCGUUUCCCAAUUCCGUUUGCUUUAUAUCUGAUGGCAGUAUCUGUUAUGGCUGGCUUCUGGGGUCAAUUCUUCAUAAGAAGACUCAUCGCAUUUCUGAAAAGAGCUUCACUUAUUGUCUUCAUUCUUUCGGCUGUCAUCUUUGCCAGUGCUAUUACAAUGGGAGUUAUUGGGGUCGAUAGAAGCAUCAAGAUGAUUCACAACCAUGAAUUCAUGGGAUUUCUCCAGUUUUGUAGCAGUCAAUAGCUAUAGAAAACAUGUCAAAACUGUGAAAGAUGGAAGAAAGUCCACAGGAAAUUAGUUGGUGAAAGGGAUUGAACACGAUUUUCAUCUACGUCAUGUAGCCCAUUUCGCAUACUACAGGGGUCAGGUAGGAUGGUUUUGUUUCUUUGCUUCAUCAUGUGGAUUUGAUUGUCAGAAACUAUUAUUUUUGGUAACCUUCAAACGCACACUGCGCUACAUAAAGGUAGAGUAGGAUCCGAAUUUCUGACAUGCUAUAGUUUCCUUUAACAUGUUGCUGACAUUGAUUUUUUUUAUAACUAAGUUUAAAGAUAAAAUAGAAUACUUUUUAAAAAUC